CGCGCAUGGACAGGAGCGAGCUGCUGCUCGAAGUGCCGACGGCUCGGAGACGAUGGAUCAAGCCGAGCGGUGCGUAAGUGUCGUGCGGCCCGCGGUGUCAGGUUCCGACCGACACAUCAGGGGAUCAAGCAAGCGCGGUGCCCGCUCCCUCUGGCCUCUGCCACCCUCAUGCCUUGGCCGCUGGCCAUUUACUAUUGAGCCAUCGUGCAGGUGGCCCGCAGAGUCCUCCUCCCGUCCCGUCUGCUCCCUGCCACGAGCGGACUAGGCUAGCCUACGCGACUGUCGCAGCACUGCUCUGCUCUGCGUUCUGAGAGGCAUUGCCUUGUCCGUGUCUUGUUUCUUGGCCGGCAUGGCCGCGGCCGGGCUGCGGCUUCUCGGAGGCCUCUGGUUCUUGGCGUCGCUGCUGCGCCCGGGCGCGGCGGAGGCGGCGGUCGCUGCUGUGGAGGGGCGGCGCGCCGUGGCGGCGACGGGGGAGGACUUCGUGUGCGCGACAUUGGACUGGUGGCCGCCGGAGAAGUGCGACUACGGCACCUGCGCCUGGGGCCGCGCCUCCCUGCUCAACCUGGAUCUCUCCAACAAGGUCUUGCUCAAUGCCGUCAGAGCGUUCUCGCCGCUGAAGCUCCGGCUGGGAGGCUCGCUGCAGGACAAGGUGGUGUACGGCACCGCCGACCUCGGUCGGCCCUGCACGCCGUUCGUCAAGAACACGUCGGAGAUGCACGGCUUCACGCAGGGCUGUCUGCCCCUGCGCAGAUGGGACGAGCUCAACGCCUUCUUCCAGAAAUCGGGAGCGAAGAUUGUGUUCGGGCUGAAUGCGCUGAACGGCCGGGUUCCGUUGCCGGAUGGAUCUCUAGGAGGGCCAUGGGAUUACACCAAUGCAGCAUCACUGAUUCGGUAUACCGCAAACAAGGGCUACCAAAUUCAUGGGUGGGAGCUUGGAAAUGAACUUAGUGGCAGUGGAGUUGGAGCUCGAAUUGGGGCUGACCAAUAUGCUGCAGAUGUGAUCGCCCUAAAAUCGAUAGUCGAAAACAUAUACCGAGGCAAUCCAUCAAAGCCACUGGUUCUUGCUCCUGGAGGCUUCUUUGAUGCAGCCUGGUUUACCGAGCUUAUCGCCAAAACCAGGCCAAAUCUACUGAAUGUGAUCACCCACCACAUCUACAAUCUAGGACCAGGAGUCGACACACAUCUCGUUGAAAAGAUCCUCAAUCCAUCUUAUCUCGAUGGAAUGGCAAGCACAUUCAGCAAUCUUCAAGGGAUACUGAAAUCUGCAGGGACAUCGACAGUCGCAUGGGUUGGCGAGGCUGGAGGGGCUUAUAACAGUGGCCACCACCUUGUCACUGACUCAUUCGUGUUCAGCUUCUGGUUCUUGGAUCAGCUUGGGAUGUCAGCAAAGUAUGACACAAAGAGCUACUGCAGACAAAGUUUUAUUGGUGGGAACUACGGCCUACUAGCAACAACAUUCCAACCAAACCCUGACUAUUACAGCGCUCUACUGUGGCAUCGCCUCAUGGGAACAAAAGUUCUCGCGACAACAUUCAGAGGCACGAACAUGGUUCGCGCUUAUGCACACUGCGCAAGAGAUUCUCCAGGAAUAACUCUACUGCUGAUCAACCUCAGUGGCAACACCACAACCCAAGUGUCGGUAACAAGCGAAGGCGCCGCUCAUAAACACGGCACAAAGAAGCAUAGCAGAAAGACCAAGCAUGUACAUGUUCCUGGUUUUAAUGGAUUUGCUGAGGCAGCUGGUGCCAUGAGAGAUGAGUACCACCUCACCCCCGAGGAUGGCAACUUGCAAAGCCAGGUCAUGUUGCUGAAUGGCAUGGCCUUGGCCACUGAUGCAGAUGGGAACAUCCCCAGACUUGAGGCUGUCAAAAUGGAUGCAGCACAGCCCAUAACUGUGGCUCCGUACUCCAUUGUGUUCUCUCACAUCCCCAAUUUCUCUGCCCCUGCAUGUAGUUAAAGAGUAGAUGAGUCAUCCCAAUUGUUUUGGUGUGAUUGGUAUUGUCAGGAAAGGUGAGGUGAUGAUGGAUGGCUAAGCUUCUCCAUCUGGGAGAUGAAGUGAGAUGCAAGGCUAAAGUUUGAUUAUUUUUUUACUCUUAAUUGUAAAAGGUUGAAGAAAUUAUGAUGAACAAAAAGGAAAGGGGAAAUGCUCUUUCCCGUUGCCCUUCGGUUCCUUGUUUAGAUCGAGUACAAUUGUGAAGGGGCUACACUAAAAUAUAUUCAACGGGGGGUAUUGAAGAAAUU